GAAGAGAGAGUCUUGACUUGGUUUUUGCAAUUGCAGAGUGUGCAAAGCAGAGAAGGGUCGUUGGUGUAUGCGAAAACCAUCGCAUUCGCAUUCGCAUUCGCAAUGGUUCCUUCCAUUGCUAUAUUCUUCUUAUCUUUCUCUUCUCUCUUUCUUCUCCACAAUUCCCUUCCGGUGAACGAUCACGAUCACCUCACCUCUCAGAUCAACCAAAUCAACCUCAAAAUCACUCACUUAGAAUCGGUUCUCGAAGAAACCAAUCGAAAGGUAACAGAAAGGGAUUUGUAUAUAGAAGAAUCCGAAAAGCGAAUGAAUGAAAUGGCGGAGAAAAUUCAGCAUCUGAACUCUACUCUCUCUUCGUUGAAGGAUGAUUCAUUGCAUGCCGAGACACGACUUAAAGCUUUGGAAGAAGAGGUACAACUUCUUUGGUCUGCAUUGAGAAAGAACAACUUUGAUCUCCAUAUUUUGAAAUCUAAAGCCGAAGAUGGUGAAAAGAGAAUGGAAGAAGUUACUUCAAGAGUUGAAACGAUGAGUAGCAUUGUGACUGAACAGUGGAUUCAAGUUCAGCAUCUUGAGCAGGCUCUUCACAUUGCCAAAACGAGGGCUCUAAAGGCUCAAAGGCAAGCGAGUUUAGCAAGAUGCACAUUCUUGAAGUUUAUUAACAGCCUCCAUGAUGAUCUUCGGGCAAUGGAAUCAUUUGUAUUUGGUGAAAGACCUAUAGUAGGGUCAUUCAUCUCAAGAGCUACGGAUCACUUGAAGAGAUGCUAUUCAAUGACCAAAAAGUAUCACCAUCAGCUUCAAAGUUCCAUAAAAAAUGUUAUGAAGAGAAAUGAAUUGACUGCUUCUCUUGCAAAUGAUGAAUUCGUUUUCUUCGUGGCAUCUGCUAUAAUCACCUUUCCAUUAAUGAGCGCCUGGAUGUUGUUUUCAUCAUAAAUCAUAAUCGCUGGGGACACAAGUUUAUUUUCCGACUGGAAGAUGUCUUAGGACUGUUUCUAUAGUGACUGACUUCACACUCAGAUAUUGAACUCUCUAAAUGAAACUUUUUCACACUUAGACAUUGAACUCUCUAAAUAAAACUAGAUAGGUAAAACUGCAUGUAAUGCUUGGGUGCUCUAUAUUGCUCAAGACAGUGGUUAGUUUGUUGAUGACUACGUUACUUUCAAAUAUUUUAACAAAAUGAUAAUUUUUUUUUCCUAAGGAACAAAA